CACCGCACGAUGAAGAACGCCAACACCCAGCUCCUCGCCGGCGCGCUCGCGCUCCUCGCGACCGCUUCGGCCGCCUGCGUGCCGCCCACGGCGGACCUGCAGGCGGCGCUCAACGCCGGAGGCAAAGGCUUCGUCCUCAGCCUGUGCCCAGGCCAGACGUACCCCCUCGCGGUGCCGCUGCAGCCCAAGGCGGCGGGGCAAGAGAUCUCGACGCAAGGCUACCCGACCGACUCGACCCGCGCCAUCCUCCUCGGGACAAGCACCACGCAGGGCGUGGUGAUCUCUGCCACCGGGGACAACCUGGACGGCGUGAUCAUCCGGAACAUCCAAGUUGACGGCGGGCGCACCGACGCCGUGCCCGAUCCGUUUCCGUCGGCUGUCGCCGGGUCGUCCAACAUCGAGAUGGGCGGGAACAACGCCAACCAGGUGAUUGAGAACGUGUACUCGCACCACCCGAAGAGCGACUCGUGUCUCCAUGUGAUCGAGGGCCAGCUCAAGUGCAACAACGCGACGGUGCGCAACAACCAGAUCGGACCCUGCGGGCGCUCGACCCCCGGCCGUAUCGGCGACGGCAUCAUGCUCGCGUGCACCAACUCGCUCGUCGAGGGCAACGUGAUCACUGACGCGACGGACGGCGGGAUCGUCAUCUUCUCGAGCCCGCACUCGACCGUGCAGAACAACCAUAUCGUCGCAAAGACGGCGCACACGCUCGGCGGCAUCAACCUCGUCGACCUGACGCCGUACACCCCGCCGGGGAACUACACGGGCGUGCGCGUCCUCUCGAACACCAUCACGGGCGGCUUCGCGACGUCGUGCGGCAACGCGACCGGCGGGCCGUCCACCUCGCGCGGAUACAUCGGCAUCGGUAUCCCCGUGGGCUGGGACACGUGGGUCGCGUCCAAUGACCCGCGUGUCGAGGCGGGCGAGAAGGUCGACGGGCCGGUCGUGAGCGGCAACACGCUGCAGGGGGCUAUGGGCUUCGGCAUCGCCGUCGCUGGGGCCGAGUAUCUGACCGUCAGCGGCAACGUCUUUGAGGACGCGGCAUUUAUCGGCGACAGCUCGGAGAAGUGCUACAAGACCGGAUACGUCCAGCCGCCGCCCAUGGCGCUCCUGGAGAACGCGUACCUCGACGGCCUCGGCGUCCAGCUGUCCAGCUCGGGCAGCUAUAGCUGGAAGCAGGAGAACAGUUCGUACUACCUCAUCUGCUACUACCCGCCCAGCGGGAGCGCCAACAUCUGGCCCUAUGCUCCGGGGUCGAACUGUGCCGUUAAGCCGUCGGCAUCGAGCACGUCGAGCCUGCCUAGGUCGUCGGCUGUGGCCCACACCACCACGACGACUGCUCACACCACCACGACUGCUGCUCACACCACUACCACGACGACGCACACCACCGCAAAGUCGGUCGCGGCAAGCAAGCCCACAACCGCCCACACCACGGCCCACACUACCACCUCAAGCGCACACUCGACAACCACCUCGCACACUACCACUACCAAGGUGAACCACCCCACCUCUGCCCACCUGACCACGGCAUCAGUGAAGGGAAAGACGCCGAACUCGACUAGCCGCACGACUACCCACACGACUACCCGCUCGACUACCACCCGGAAGCCGACCACCGGCCACACCACGACUUCUCACACGACUCAUACCACCGCCCACACCACUACUCACUCCUCUACGCCCCAGAAGGCGCCCAACUGCGGUCCCGAAACCACCCACGACGCCCGCCGUAGUCGCCAAACGUCGUGAUUCUCAAACCCAUGCAUCCG